CCGCCGCCGGUGCCCCUCUAGCCGCCCCCCCUCGAUUCCUAAGGGUUCCCAUUCCCCAGCUGGUGUCGCAGCUGGGUUCUAGGCACGCCGCCGGGCCCCGGGAGGGCGCCGGGCAGGUGCCCCGGCAGCGCGCAGCCUCCGCUCCCGGUGCCACCUCCAGUGCGCCCGGCACGCGCGCGCCCCGCAACCCCUCCCUCACCCCUUCCCGCUGCUCAAUCCCCGCCAGCCGCGGUCGCUGCAUCGUCCGGGAGCUGCGAGCGGGUGGCCGCAAGGCGCGGCCACCAGCAGUGACACCAUGUGACGGGCACGGCUCAGUGACACGCAGCUUUGGUUAAAGAGCGGGCGCGCAAGAGGGGAGGAGACGCCGCGCGGGACGGGGAGGAAUGGCCUGACUUUCCCCUUUAAACCAUCACGAGCCAUGGAUACCGAAGGGCGACGCGGCCCCCAAUAGGAGAAUGAGUCGGCUUCGAGACCCUCAGCGCCCGCGCGUGUCGAUGUAAGUGCGAGGCUGGUGAGCAGCGUGUGGGUGGGGGUUGGUGGUGGGGGGAGAUUCUGAUGCAAUCGGCCCCGAAAGGAGGAGGAGAGCCAGGCGAGCGCGGGUUGGGGCAGCCACGCCACCCCGCCUGAAGGUCGCUGGGAACCUCCGCCCUUCACCUUCCUCGGAAAUCCGCCACGCCACGCCAAGCCUCCCCGCCCAGCCCUCGCUAAAGGGGCCACCUUUUCCUGGCCGCCGCAGCCAGACCUUGACACAAAGGACAUCAAACGGCCGGGGGUAAAAAUCCCGGAAGGGCGGACACCUCAACGUCGCCUUUUGUCACCUUUCCCUUUAUUUCCCGAGAUAUUUAUUGAGUGUCUACUGCGCUAUAUCUAUGUGCAUAGAAAAACCCUGGAAGACCAUACAGCAAUAUAUAUACAGUGAUCAUCUCUGCUUGCUGAGAAAACAGGUGUGUCAAGCUUAUAUUUUUGCUGCUGUCUACUGAUACAUUCAGAACAGGAGAAAUUUGGACUAAUUAUUUGACUACAGAUACCUUCUAAUCAUGAUGCAUUUCAAAAGUGGACUUGAAUUAACCGAGUUGCAAAACAUGACAGUGCCUGAGGACGAUAACAUUAGCAAUGAUUCCAAUGAUUUCACCGAAGUAGAAAAUGGUCAGAUAAAUAGCAAGUUUAUUUCUGAUCGUGAAAGUAGAAGAAGUCUCACAAACAGCCAUUUGGAAAAAAAGAAAUGUGAUGAAUAUAUUCCAGGAACAACCUCCUUGGGCAUGUCUGUUUUUAACCUAAGCAAUGCCAUUAUGGGCAGUGGGAUUUUGGGACUUGCCUUUGCCCUGGCAAACACUGGAAUCCUGCUUUUUCUGAUACUUUUGACUUCUGUGACAUUGCUGUCUAUAUAUUCAAUAAACCUUCUACUGAUCUGUUCAAAAGAAACAGGCUGCAUGGUUUAUGAAAAGCUGGGAGAACAAGUCUUUGGCACCACGGGGAAGCUCGUAAUCUUUGGGGCUACCUCUCUACAGAACACUGGAGCAAUGCUGAGCUACCUCUUCAUAGUAAAAAAUGAACUACCUUCUGCCAUAAAGUUUCUGAUGGGAAAGGAAGAGGCAUUUUCAGCCUGGUAUGUGGAUGGCCGCGUUCUGGUGGUGGUAGUUACCUUUGGCAUAAUUCUCCCUCUCUGUCUCUUGAAGAACCUAGGGUAUCUUGGCUAUACUAGUGGAUUUUCCUUGAGCUGUAUGGUUUUUUUCCUAAUAGUGGUUAUUUAUAAGAAAUUUCAAAUUCCCUGCAUUGUUUCAUCACUAAACCAAACAAGUCCUAAUUCAACAAUCUCUGAGACGUGUAUGCCAAGAUAUGUUACCUUCAAUUCAAAGACCGUGUAUGCGUUACCAACCAUUGCAUUUGCAUUUGUCUGCCACCCGUCAGUCCUGCCAAUUUACAGUGAGCUUAAAGACCGAUCACAGAAAAAAAUGCAGAUGGUUUCAAAUAUCUCCUUUUUUGCCAUGUUUGUUAUGUACUUCUUGACUGCCAUUUUUGGCUACUUGACAUUCUACGAAACUGUGCAGUCAGACCUCCUUCACAAGUACCAGAAUAAAGACGACAUUCUCAUCCUGACCGUGCGGCUAGCUGUCAUCGUCGCUGUGAUCCUCACGGUGCCCGUGUUGUUUUUCACGGUUCGUUCAUCUUUAUUUGAACUGGCUAAAAAAACAAAGUUUAAUUUAUGUCGUCACACUGUGGUUACCUUCAUACUAUUGGUUAUUAUCAACUUGUUGGUGAUCUUCAUACCCUCCAUGAAGGAUAUUUUUGGGGUCGUAGGAGUUACAUCUGCUAAUAUGCUCAUUUUCAUUCUUCCUUCAUCUCUUUAUUUAAAAAUCACAAACCAGGAUGGAGAUAAAGGAACUGAAAGAAUUUGGGCUGCCCUUUUCUUGGGUCUGGGGGUGUUGUUCUCCUUGGUCAGCAUUCCCUUGGUCAUCUAUGACUGGGCCUGCUCGGGUGGUGACGAAGGCCACUGAGACCAGCCGAGGAAAGAAAACAUUCCUGUCAUCUGCUCAAUCAAGUCCCCACACAUCAGCAACGUCUCAUCACUUCUUUUUCAAGUUUACAGAAGCAAACAGAAAUUUAUAGGAUACUUUAAAUGGAAUAACACUUCGAUCAAAAAAUAGAGACCUGUUUCUCUAAUGGGUCAAGUCCCUCCAAGAUUUGGGAUCAAUUUAGGGAUUAUGGGAUUUUUUUUUCUUUUUUUUUUUUUUUUUUUUUUUCAAAUUUCAUGCAAUCGUAUUUCCCAGUACUUUUCACAGUCAAUUAUUUUUCACUCUCCUAACUCUAUGUUUUGUGGCUUCAUAGUCUCUUAGAACUUUGAAAACAUGAUCAUCAAUCAUGUUUAUUUAUUAUACAUCCAGAUUCUGAAAUAAUUUUCCUACUGAUGUUCAGACUCACACUAUCUGUACCUUUUUAGAAGAGAAAAGAAUCUUGAAUUGUAUAUAUUUAUUUUGCUUUACAGAAAAAAAAAUGGUUUCGUAAAUAAUUUGCCUAUUUUGGUUAACAUAGCACACAGGGAUAAUCAUCUGAGAGUCACAGGGCACGUGCCACUGCGGGAUCAGAGCAUGCCCAAUAUUUGAGGUGGCUCCGAUCGAUCGCCUGGCGGCUGAGCGUGGGCAGCCCAGUGGCCUUGCUGGUACUACAACCCACCCCGUGCAGAGACAUUCUCUAGCCAGUGUUCUCAGCUGGGAAGGGGGUGGGAAUGAUUCUUACCUUGGUAAUUAAAUUAAGCCACACGUUUGAGCAAUCUAGCAAUUGAAGUUUUGUUUCCCUCUUGGCAACUUGUGUCAAAGUUACUCUAAUCUGGUUGACUUUUGCUGGGAAAGACCCAUGGCACCUGCUCUGAAAAGAUCCUCCAAAAUGCCUAAGAAAAUAUUCCUCUGAUGCAGAUAGCCUUCAACCCUCCACCUGUAUUGCUGAAGGGAGAAAAAAAAAUGUUUUAGUAAAUUAUAAGCCCUGCAGCUUUUAGUCAUGUCCACCAGCUGUUUGCACAGAGAAUAAUGUAUACCUAACUAAGGAUGAUCUAAGAUAAGUAAUUCCUGUUUUAUAUUGGGUACUUUAGGGAAGUCUUUAAAAGACUUGUUUUAUAUCUAUAAAUCUAGGUUAUUACAAAUAUAAGAUUUUUGUACCUUAAAUAAGCCUCAUUUCUAUUUCUUCUCCAUUAACUCUCCAGAGUCUUGGGAAAAAACCCUCAGACAUAGUCUUUGUGAAGAGCCUCUGACAAAAUCAGUGUGUACCUCCCUUCCCCCAGAGGGGGAAGACAAGAGGGCCUUAGUGUCUGCGCUGUCACUUCUUCUCGUCCCCAACCAAGGGGUGGGCCAUAACCGCCUGCCCCAGCUGACCCAUGCAGGAGGACAGAGUUGCCUCGUACUCUCAUCUCUCCUAAAGGGAGCAGAAGGAAACUACAAAGAGACUGAAAGAGAAGACAGUUUGGGACAAGGUAGCUGGGAAAGGAAUGAGGGACAGCAACCAGAGCUGCAUUCACCUAAGCUGAGCCAUCACCUGUCAUUGGAUUGUCUGUAGCUUGCAUAUGGCAAGAACUGUGCAUGUUCCAUGAGCUGGUCUCUUAAAGCAGGACUUGUGUUUUAUCUACAUUCUGGUUGAAUUUUCCAAGCACAUAAGUUCACCGAGCACAGAUUUCUUAUCUGGUGAUAGGUAAAAUCUAACCACAGAUGUUGGCAGAGCUUCCAAGCACUUCGCUCUGUUCCUUCCCAAUUCAAAUCCCAAAGGGACUUCCUUCUCACCAAGAAUAACAAGGAACUGUCCCCUCCCUUUACAGACCAAUGUCCUAUAGAUGAGGCAGGAAUGGAAGCACCUGUCAUGAUCCUCUUGGGGGAGAAAGAAAGGUUAUUUCCUGCAUUGCAUCAUCAUAGAGCUUUUAAUACAAUGCUACAGAAUUACAUCCAUAUUAGGUUGGAGUUCAGAUAUUUAGAUGUGAAUACCUAACCUCAUAAAUUCCACAGCCAUCUCUGUCCGUUUCAGAAAUGUUUUCCAUAUUAUAUGAGCAGUGGUAGAAAUCAAGCAAAAUGAGAUUCAGUCAGCCUUUACAGGCUUGUCUAGAGCACCAGAUUGUGGGCUGACCCUACAUGUAAAAAUACAUAAUUUAGUUGUCAACUGUAUCAUGCUACUUUCUGUUUUCCUCAUUACUUUAUAACAAAUCAUUUUAUACUCACAAAGUCAACCUAGAAAACUUUCAUUAACUCUGGGACGUGCAGUGAUAUUUUUGGAUCUCUGGGUUUUAUGUGUCAGUACAAGGAAUUUUUUAUUUAAAAUAUAUUUAUUUAGAGGAGGCACAUUGUUGUUGAUGUCUGUUAAGACCACAUAUUUUUAAAACUUUCUUUGUAUGUUUAUCUGAGUUUGUUGUUGACUGAAUAUAACAGACCCUAUUGUAAUUUGUCAAAUAUCGCUGACUACAUCAUCUGUGUGGGAUUAGUUGUAAAGUAUACUGCUCUUAUUCUUGUUCAGAAUAGUGAACUGGUAGCCAAAAAUACGUGUAUUACAGGUGUUAGGUAGAAUUUAAACAGCGCAGUCAAGUGCUAUAGAAAUUUUUCUGCUAAAUUAGUAGACUAAAGGAUACUAUACCUUAGCCAGGGGGGAGUAGCACGUUUUCCUUUGGUAGAUAGGAUCUCUACACUAGUGAACAGUGCCAGUUUCAGACUUUGGAUUUAGAACUGUUCCCUAGUUAUUGUAACACAGAAUACUGUCAAUCCCUAUUUUACUGACUAUUGCUUAUUGGAAGUGGGGGGUAGUGGAAAAUGCACAGGAAGGAAAUCUAUUCUUUUUAGGCACCGGCAGUCCCCAAUUUAUAAGGAGGCCAUAUUCUAAAAUGUUGAAAGUUGGUUGUUUGCAACCUAGAAUGUAUUUUCCUUUAGAGACCAGGUGAUUCAUGGUGGUUAAGGCCCCAGACCAGUUAGAAAAGAUUAUAAAACCCAUAGUUUAGCUGAAAUAGAAUAAUGUAAGAGGCUUGCUAAGGAACCUAACCACCAAAUACAAUAUGAUUUCUAGGGGAUAUUUGUUCAGAGUUGCCAGCCAACAUUGCCUGUUAGAGUCUGGACUGUCCAUCUCCAUCCUAGCUACAUACCGCCUGCUGGAUGGUGGGGGUAGUAGCAUUGCCGCCAGAGUAGAGGUGAUCAGAGUGGCCUGAAGCAGGGUCUCCAGCGAAGGUGGGGAGGGAUAAGUCCAGGGCCACCAGAGAGCCUGGUGGUGGGAGGAGGGAGGAGGGUGAGGAGGCCUCUUGUGGGCUGUAAACUGCCAGGGACAUUCUUCAGCUGGUACCUUUUCUUUUCUCUGGAGGUCUCAGGCUUGGCCUACCUGCUUCUAUUUGUCUGACCUUUGUUCCUGUAGCUCUUCUCCUUCCCUGCCCACGACAGAAAAGGAUGCUGCUGCAUAGCUUCUCCCAGAUGCCAGUCGAGGCCAGUACACAGCACUUUUAAUGGUUUUAAUGCUAGUAACCACAGUCUAACUGCCCAGUAAUCAGAUGGGGAGCAAAAAGGUCUCUACCCACUUUCCUUUUUCACAUUUAUAGACCCUGUUGAGAAAAAAGCACAGAUGGGUGAUGGUGGUGGCUUUGGGGUGGACACAGGACUGUGGUGAGAGUCCUCAGUGUUUCCGAGGGCACCUCAGACCCCAGGCCUGACUUCUUUCUGGAGUUGGACUCAAACCUCUAAGCCAGUGGUUCUCACAGCGUGGUCCCCUGAGCAGCAGCAUCUGGGAGCUUGUUAGAAAGCAAAUUCUCAGCCCCAACCCCAGCCACGGUGGAAUCAGAAGCUGUCAGGGUGGGGGCCCAGCAAUCUGGUUUUAACGAGACCUCCAGGUGAUCCUGACACACAGCAAGUCUGGGCACCACUGCAAGCCCAGUGAUCUCUCUCUUUUCUCCCCAUUAGUCCUACCUCAGAAGAUGGUUCCUAGGAUUCAUGAGGCAAGAAAUGGGAACCAGGACUUAGGGAGGGAAGGAAAGGGCCUUGGCAGCGGAGUUCUCUGCCAUGGCAGACAGUGGGGGACCCUGGUGCUGCCACCUGGUUGCCCCCCUCCCGCUGGAAAUGCCGGCACAGGUGUACAGUCGAAAAUGAAGGCUGCCCACACUCGGGUGUUCCUUUGGGCCGAGGCACAAAAAUAUUAUAUUUUUUAAAGCUGUGAAGAAAUGAAAGUGAGGCUUCUUUUAUGUUGAGGGAAAUUAAAAGAAAAUACCCUUUGUAAAUGCAACCUUAGAGGAAACACUGAAUUCCUGGCAGGAGUGAGUUCUCCAGAGGGUCUAUGUCCCUUGUGUGGCAAUAAUCCUGUCCUCUGUUUAAAGUGAAUCCUCUGCUGAAAGGUCUGCACUGCUUAAGGAGCAACAAACUGCUCUGAAAAGAAUGAGGAGCUCAGUUCCGUUUCUGGGGGCACAAUGUUGGACGGGCACAUUUAGUUGGAGUGGGGAGGAGGUCAGAGAUAUGAUCGUAUACUUGAUAUUAUGCCUGAGAGCAAAACCUAUUAGUUAGUCUCCCUCGGUUUAUCAAUUUUAAUGGCUUGAGGCUUAGAAAGGGUAUAAUCUUUAAAAAAAUAAUUCCCCUAUUCAAGUUCACAGUAAGUGUCUAGCCACUUUCAAAACAAAGAAGAUAGAGACUAUAUCAUUUAGCAAUAGUAAUGAUUUUCCUUAGGGAAGGCAGAUCUGAGACUCCUUUAGCAACAGAAUAUACUUCCUCUAAAAUACAGUGAAUUAUUUAUAACAAUAUAAGGCUUUGGGGUACAUAUUGGGGGUGGGGUGGCUAACAACUGAAAAAUAUCACUAAAUCUGAAAGAGAAAGUUCUUGGAAAACAUGUAAAAUUCACAAGGCACAGACAUUCUCCUUAAGGGUUUUCGCUGAGGAAGGGCUGUGAAACUGGCCCAUCUGUAUACAAAUUCAAAUUUAUGUUUUUAAAGGAAGAAUCUAUGCAGCUGAGGCUUAUUGUAGGAAAUACUUCAUUUGUAUGUAAAUAUAUUGUAAAUAAAUAGGAGGCUGUAUAUUUUUGCAGUUGUUGAUCCACACUGAAAUAGAAGUCUCUAGUAUCCACAUAUAAAGAAUAAAUGUUUCAUAUUAGUGGUUUUGUUUGGGAAUUAGAAAAAUUUCCAUUCUCUCCCAGGUAACAUAGUUCUCUCAAUAUAAACUUGGAACCUUAAAACAUUACUUAAUUGUUUAGAAAAAGAAAUGUUUGAGAAAUAGUUGCAUUGAUUUCUUAUGCUGGUAUUAAGAUCAAUUAUUUAAAAGGUAGUCCUCUGAGCUACAAAUAAGGAAUAUUUAGACCCAAAUCAUUGUCAUAUAGAAACAGAUAUACCCAAAGGGACAAAUCGUUUCUUGGUAAUGUUCAUUCACUGUUGACAUUGAUACCACUACACAGUAUUUAUGAAAACAGAAGUUGGGGAGAAGAAUGUUUUUGUGUUUUUUUUUUCCAAAAUUGAAUUGCUGCAUUUCCCAAACUUUGGGAUUUUUGAGAAGGGAGGAAAACCCUGAAUAUUAACUAUGAGCACAAAUUUGAAGGAAAGAAAACAAAGAACCGUUAUUUUAUCAAGCUUUGAAAGUCUUGCAUGUUUGCCUUUUAUUUUAGUGUUGACGCCAACAUAGACUGUCUUACAUAAUUUUUUUCCCAAACACUUGAAUCUUAAUCUCUGGUACAUAAUUCACUCUCUAGAGUCCAGUGUGCUUCAGACUUUAUCUGAGUCCAGUACAUGUAGCACACCACUGUUUUAUUGAUGUAAAAACCUUGUAAAUGAAUUUCGGAUGGGUGAUUUAAGUGAGUCACAAGUCACAAAACUUUGCUAUUCAUAGUUAAUCAAAUAGAGUUGGGGUUUUUUUCAGGGUGUGGUGUAAAUAAAGAAAUGUAAGAAGUUCUGUUCUAUAACUGCUCUGUUAACAUAGUUUUUAAACAUUAAAAAUGUGAACUGAAAGUA